AAAGCACCUUGACCGCGAGCUUUAUUCGCCAUGUGUGCAGCAUGGGUCAGUGGAGCUACUUCGCUACCACCCAAACUGCAACAGCAGUAGAGAGUGUGCUUGGACCUGUGGCAUUGACCCAACCUGAUGAGGAGGAGCUGGUUGUUGCACGCGGGACGUCUCUUGACAUUUUCCGUUGUGAAGAGCAUCGCUUGGUGCACAUUUGCAGUGGCUGCACCAAUGAGACUGUAUGCUGCUUGCUAAAAGCUUCAUCUGCGAGAAGUGGCUACAACUUGCUGGUCCUCAUCACUGUUUCGUUGCAAGUUCUUGUCACGCGUUUCGACAAUGAUGCCAAAGUUAUGCAGUUGUUGGGCGCGGCAGAUGCUGGCAGCAUGGUCCAGGAUGCAACCGCUCACCCCGCAGCAUGCAGUGUGUCAGCACAAGGAUGGCGCAUUGCAGUGUAUCUGUACAGUAGCAUCCUUGCGAUCCUGGAUCUCACAGGCCUUGAAGCAGCAUUUGACCAUGGCGGAGUAGUUGAUUUGAAGUCCGCCAACAAGAUGUUCUAUGUUGAUAUGAGCGAGCAGAUCGCAUGUUUGGACUUCUUGCUCUCAGAUGAAGAUUCGGAUGGUCCCAGUGAACGUGCAACCCUGGUUGCUUUGCAUGCGCGAGAGGAUAGCUACGGUGGUUGGGAGGACGGGCCGAAGGUGCUUUGCAUCCAUUGCAUCGACCUCCACAAAAAGAGCUCCAAGGCAGCAGCCAAGCCAGAGCUUCCAUUUGCUCGGGGCCUUGCGAAUGUGCCUGGCAGGCAGUACGUCGACGCAACCCUAAUGGCAUGUGUUCCACCAAACACAGCGGGUGAGUGGGCAGCACAAGGCGCUGUCCUUGUUGUGGGCGCUGGCUUUGUGCGCCUCUAUGACCCCAAGCUGCAGCCCUUGAGCUCCCUGCGCGGAAUACAGGGCACUCGGAGUCCUGAGCUCAUCGUUCAGUGCCUGGGCAUCAGCGCACCGGCGUCCGGGAUUGGCACUUGGAAGUAUGGCGAGUAUGCCUUCAUUGGGUCUCGGGUCACCGAUUCUGAAGUGCUUCAUCUGUGGGAGCCCAAGGCAGAGGCACCAGCGACAACGAGCACCACAGGGCAGCCGAGACCGACCUUGGCAGAUGCCUUCGAGGUCACCGACCGCUGGACAAACCUCGGGCCUAUCACUGACUUUUGCACCAAGGAGGAUACCGACGGCCUGACUAACCAAAUCAUCACGUGCAGUGGCGCCGGUGAGAAGAGUGGCUCUUUGCGUUUCAUCGAGAUGGGCAUUCCCGUUGAAGAGUUGGGAAGUUCAGAAGGCUUCGGCAACGUGCUUGGCAUGUGGGCACUGGGUUCGCACUUCCUGGUGCUCACCCGCUCCAAUAGUACUGAAGUCCUACGUAUUUCAGAAUGUCAGAGUGGCGAUGGAGAUUUCUCCCUGGAAGUUUGGGCGAAGACAGCUGGCCUCCAAUUAGAGGAGGAGACUCUGCUUUGUUGCGGUGUUUGCGACAGAGUCGUGAUACAAGUGACCCAAUCUGGUGUGUGGGCUAUGAACUCAGAGAACCUCGCGCCGGUUUCUGAGUGGACAGCCGGCGCGCCUUUCCUGACAGCUUCCGAGAUGAGAGGUGGACAAGGUGUGAUGCUUGCAACGCAGAAAGGAGAUGUCUAUGCCAUAGAUUUCCAAGAAGGCUCACAGCGCCUGAUCAGUGCGGGGGAAUGGCAACUGCGAAGUGAACCUAGCUGCUUGGCAGCUACAACACCAUGGUGUGCUGCCGGGCUUUGGAGUGAUGAGCUUGUCAUUUGGGAACGCAAGAAGGACUUUUGGCAGUCCCUGACCUUGCCAACUCUUCCCCGGUCCUUGGCAUUUCUUCGGUUCUCGGCAGCCCAUGAGCCAGAGCUUAGGCUAUUCGCGGGACUUUGCGAUGGACGUGUGUCGGUUGUAACGGUGGACGGUGCAUGGAGACUGCAGCAUACUGUUGCAGUUGGAUUGCAGCCUGUGCAGCUGCUGCCUUUUCCUGGUGCUGCAGAUGUGGAGACUGACAUGGGACCCAAGCUACCAUGGGGUCAACCCUGCGAAGGUGCACAGGAGCAAGACCGUUUGCUUGCUAUCAGCGGAAAGGGUAGCAUACUGCAGGCUCAAUCCCAGCGUGUCCUCCGCUGGCAGAUAUGCCUUCCAAGCAUGUCUCAUGCUGCCUUUUUCUCUCACGGCUUUGGCUGCAUCCAACACUGUAUGGCUUUUAUUAGUCAUGAGCGGUUGCUGCUCGCACUGCUGCGGCUUGGUCAGCGAAUAGAUGUGCGAACUGUCCCGCUGCCGCAGGCACCCCGCAGGAUUUGCUACCAUACUGGGAGCCGAAUCUGCGUGGUUGGUUGCUCCGACCUGCCCUCCAUAUCCACUCCAGACAUGCCGAGAACCAGAUCCAGAGCCAACGUGCAAUUUGUCCACUCCGAAACCACAGACUUGCUGGGCACAAUGACCUUAGGGCAGGAUGAGAUGGUGGCAUCGGUCGUUGCGGUGACAUUUGCCGGGGACUGUACUGAAUACAUAGCAGUUGGUACAGCGAUCGUGUUGGACAACGAGCCAGAGCCCUCACGGGGGCAGGUUCUGUUGCUAGCGCUUCGGGGCGAUACCUCUGUACAGACUGCCAAGUGCGGUUUGGACGAGGAGCCACCCUUCCGGCUGGUGUGCACCUUGGAGGUGCCUGGUGCUGUCUACACGCUUGUGGCCUUUCAACAAAUGCUGUUGGGUGCAGUGAACAACCGACUGCAGCUUUGGAAUUUAAAAAGCGGGCAGCUGGUCGAGGUGUGCAGAUACAGCGCGGGCGUCAUUGUUUUGGAUGUCCAAGUCAUGGGUUCCCACAUCCUGGUCGGCGACAUUAUGCGCUCCGUGAAUCUGUUCCGCUUCGAGGACUCAUCUUUGAAAAUGGUCGCGUAUGAUGAGAUCUCGGCCUGGUCAACAUCUGUGGACAUGCUGUCUGACAACCACUUCCUGUGUGCAGAUGAUGGCGGCAAUUUGCUGGCACUCUCGAGGGGCGAGCUGACGGCCUCCGUGGGAGAUGUGAGAAUACUGGAAAGAGUUGGGCGGAUCCACACCGGUGAGUUCAUGAAUCGAUUUCGCCCGGGAUUCUUUGCCUUGCGAGUAAACGAGCCGCGGGUCAAGACCACAAUUUGGGCCAGUGCAUCUGGUGCCUUUGGAGUUAUUGUGCCAGUGAAUUGCGAGAAGACCUUCAUGCGACUGUUGAUGCUGCAGGACUGCAUCAGACGCGAGCUUGUACCAAUGUUGACCCACAGCACGUUGAGAGACACUCUGCAGUGCAGACCCGCAUUGUGUGCAAAAGAUUGUCAACUGUUUUUUUAAAAGCUCGCUCCCCCCCUCCCUACUCAAUUAAGUAGGCGCGUACUUCAUUAAGUAAGCUAGUACCUUACUUCAGCUACUAGCAUGGACACAGGAUAGAUCACACUUCUUCAAGGAAGCUCCCCCUAGAAGCGCUCCCACUAUAAAUCUAGGGAAACUUAAGUUCCCCAUACUGUGUUAUUGUACAAGUAUACACUUUACACUUUGCCAAGUACUUUGCCAUUUUUGCCAACGUAUGUUGACAUAUGCUUCAUACAGUAAGUACUGUGUACAGUGUAGCGACCAUGUUUGAGGCCUUUUGCUUCACUGUGACUCAGGGUGGCACUGAAUAUGGAGGCUUUCUCAAUGGCGACCUUUUGGAGCGUUUCCUCGACAUACCAGAGGGAAAGCAAAAGGUCUUGGCAUUGGAAGUCGCAGACGCAGGCUUGACUACCAGUGAAAACCCAGUCCUGGAACUCAUCCAAGAUGUGGAGGGACUCUCUCAGAUGUAUUGAUUGUCAUGAGUCAUGAUUGUUCGUGAAAGUCAGCCAAAGUCUCGCUGACUUUGAUGAUGCAAUUAUGUGACAUAAAAA